AUGGCGACAGUGAACGAAACCACAGAUGCUGAAACAAUACAGCCACACCAAGAAAAUGCUGCAGUAGUCCCUAGACGACCACAAGAGCAAUUUGAAAUAGAGGCAUCAGGGGCCCCCAGCGAGGCGGAAGAUGAUAUCGAUUACCCAACAGGCGCCAAACUCUGGACGACCCUUGUUUGCCUCUGCCUCACUCUCUUUCUACAUGGCCUGGAUCUCACCAUCGUUGCUGUGGCUGUACCGAGCCUCACGGAUCAAUUCAAGACGGUCAAUGACAUCGGCUGGUACUCUGCAGCUUACAUGAUGACGAGCAGUGCUUUCAUAUUCUUUUUCGGCAAGGCUUACACCUUAUUCUCGAGCAAGCCUCUUUUCAUGUUCGGCAUAAUUACUUUUGAGUUCGGCUCACUGCUAUGCACUUUUUCUACAACUUCGAAGAUGUUCAUUCUCGGCCGUGCUAUUGCAGGACUAGGAACGAGUUCGCUGUCCGGAGGAACCGUCAAGAUCCUGAGGCACUGCUUUCCCUUGUCAAAGCAGCCGAUUGUAACAAGCGCGGUCUUCACUUUCUCGUCCUUGGGCCUUGUAUCAGCCCCUAUGGUCGGGGGUGCUUUGAUCGAUGCCUUUAAUUGGCGGGCUUGCUUCGGAAUCAAUCUCCCAUUAGGCGUGAUCUGUAUCGCCAUGACUUGGUACGGAUUCCACGAUCCUGUCAACAACCCAGAUAUCAACAUUCCUCUGAAAGAGAAACUCUGGCGUCUGGAUCCUUUGGGCACACUCCUCGUUGUUCCCGCUAUUACAUGUUUCUUGAUGGCCCUCCAGUGGGGAGGCAUCAAGUAUGGAUGGAAAGAUUGGCGCAUUAUCUUACUCUUUGUUCUCUUCGGGAUGUUAUUUUCCUCUUUUGCUUACGUUCAGUAUCGCCGUGGCGAAGCUGCGACACUGCCACCAAGGAUAGCCAAGCAGCGAAGUAUUAUUGCAGCCCUUUGGUUCUCUAGCUGCUGCAAUGGCGCUCUGGCUGUGACGGAAGCUUAUAUCUCCAUUUACUUCCAAGGAGUCAAAGGCCUAUCGGCCACCUCUUCAGGAUUGCUGGGUUUGCCAAUGAUAGCCGGACUUGGUAUUGCCGGUAUAGCUGCAGGCAUGGGAACGACCGCAAUCGGGUACUACUUUCCUUUCAUGUUUGCUACCAGCACUCUCGCGCCCAUUGCAUCUGGCCUCCUCACGACCAUCAAUCUCGACGAGAGUACGGUGAAAGUGGCGGCACUGCUUGGUUUCCUCGGGGCAGCAAUUGGAUUUGGCUUACAGAUUCCACUACUAGUCGUGCAAACAACCCUAUCACCUAAAGAUGUGUCACUUGGAACUGCUGUCGUUGGAUUUGGAGGAGGAAUGGGCUCCGCCCUGUGGACCUGCGCCUCAGCCACGCUUUUUCAAAAUCGUCUGGUUGAGGAAGUACAGCGCUAUGCCCCCGGCACGAAUGGAACGGAUUUCGUGCACUCAGGUCUUUCCGAGCUCCGCGACCAUAUUGGGGGUGCGAAUUUGAAGAACGUGCUCUCUGGCUACAACGAAGCUGUGUCACAGACAUUGUACAUACCUCUAGCGUUGGGUAUACUUACCAUAAUUGGCUCGAUCGCAACUGAGCGGAAAUCGGUCAAGAAGAAACGAUCGUAG